AGGGGCCAGACCUGGUUGUGGUGGGAACCCCGGCAGUGUCCCCAGGAAAAAGAAGCUUCUUGGCCCGUGCUGGCAUACGCUCUGCAGUUGGGACGCUUUGCUCUUGAGGGGCUUUCCUCUGCCUCACGGUGGCCCCAGUUCCCCAUUCCUUAACUCUCUUUUUCUCCUGCGGGGCCUGAGGCACAGCCCAGUGACCUUCCUGCAGGAGACGAGAUUUUGCCUUAUUGAAUCAUGACUGUGGACUCUUUUCUGUAAUUAAGAGAGGGGGCGAUGGUGAUGUCUGGACGUGUCAGGAAGCAGUUAUUUUACCGCCUUUAGCUGUCGGGGCUCUCCCCAUCCCCCCAUUUUUAGAUAUGAUUGAGGCUAGUUUAGGGCGGGUCACUUCCUGGUCAGAGUGGCCUCUUAACUUCCCUUUUGCUCCUCCUUCCUCAGGAAGUGAUUUUGCUGUCACGACUCUUCGACAGGGAGAGGUCCCCAUGUGUUGUCCGUCCCUCCACUCUUUUCUCGCUUACGAUCGGCUGAACUAAUUCUCAGUAAUAAGUGUGUAAGCCUCAGGACAUUUGCUUCAGAAUUUAAACACCACUCUUCUCUUAGACAGUCCCUUGAUUGAUCGUGUGCAUGUAUGUAAGCCCGCGAUGACUCCAUCCCUUGCGCCUUACAUCCUAUUAACGGUACGCAUAGCUGCUAAAUUCAUCACUCAUGCACCCCCAGGGGAAUUUAAUGAAGUGUUCAAUGAUGUCCGGCUACUACUUAACAAUGACAAUCUCCUCAGGGAAGGGGCAGCACAUGCAUUUGCCCAGUAUAACAUGGAUCAGUUCACGCCUGUGAAGAUAGAAGGAUAUGAAGAUCAGGUCUUAAUUACAGAACAUGGUGACCUGGGUAAUAGCAGAUUUUUAGAUCCAAGAAACAAAAUUUCCUUUAAGUUUGACCAUCUACGGAAAGAAGCAAGUGACCCCCAGCCAGAGGACGUAGAUGGAGGUCUGAAGUCUUGGAGAGAAUCCUGUGACAGUGCUUUAAGGGCCUAUGUGAAAGAUCAUUAUUCCAACGGCUUCUGUACUGUUUAUGCUAAAACUAUAGAUGGGCAACAGACCAUUAUUGCGUGUAUUGAAAGCCACCAGUUUCAGCCUAAAAACUUCUGGAAUGGUCGUUGGAGAUCAGAGUGGAAGUUCACCAUCACACCACCUACAGCCCAGGUGGUUGGAGUACUUAAGAUUCAGGUUCACUAUUAUGAAGAUGGCAAUGUUCAGUUGGUUAGUCAUAAAGAUGUACAGGAUUCAGUAACUGUUUCGAAUGAAGUCCAAACUGCCAAGGAGUUUAUUAAAAUCAUAGAGCAUGCAGAAAAUGAGUAUCAGACAGCAAUUAGUGAAAACUAUCAAACAAUGUCAGACACCACAUUCAAGGCCUUGCGCCGGCAGCUUCCGGUUACCCGCACCAAAAUCGACUGGAACAAGAUACUCAGCUACAAGAUUGGCAAAGAAAUGCAAAAUGCUUAAAGGCUGAAUGUAGGAUUCUUCAGUAUGUGGAAAGAAAGGAUUCAACAUGCGGUCAUAUGAUAAAUAAGUGAUUUAUAAACAAGAGUGAUAUUUUGCUAGGGCUUUCAAAGUUAACAGGUUUUCUAGCCUCAUGGAAUACUGUUGAACCUAUAGCAUCAUCUUGAUUCUUUUGUGUUCUCUGCCUUGUAAUUUUCUGUUUUCACUAUCUCUACUUGUAAAUUUUUUUUUUUUUUUUUUAAUUCUGCCACAUUUAAUGAUGGAGAGAGAUCUAUCCUGGAGUCAUUUUACUGUUUAGAAAAUUUUCCUAGCCAUGAAGCCCUGUUAUUGAUACAGACAGGUAAUAUGCCCAGUACUUUUCUACCCCUAUCCUUCAAAGCACUUCUGGUACUUUAGUGGUUUUUACUGAUCCACCAACAGGUAAAGAGGCUAUGCUACAAACUAGCUGAAUGGAAGACACAUUCAUCCUUCUCCCUCUGACUGCUUUGAUUAUCAUUUAUAACAUCUCAUAACUGUAGUGUUCAAAAGUUUGGAUUGGGCUUUUCAGGUCCUUUUGUGGGGGCAAAGGAAGUUUUCUGGAAAUUCCAUUAUAGCCAGCUUCUCUGGGGAAGUUGUUUUUAAAUCCAAAGACUUGAACCACAUUCCCUGCACAUGAACGUGUUUGCUUUUUUCCUCUUCCCUCAUUGUCUCCUUCCCAUCUAGUACCGUUAUAGUUAUAGACAUCUGCAUUUUUAGAAGAGUUUUACCCAUUUAUUAUUAUUUUUUAUUAUUCAAGAACUGCUGACGUACUAGGGAUGUAGUAGAGUAUAAAACUUGAAAAAUGCAGAUGUUGAAGGAAUAAUAGUAUCUUGUGCUUUAAUACUUUGUGGCAGGAUUAUACUAUAAGCAGAUGAUUCAAACAACUAUGUAAAUCACAAACACAAACAAAAAAUGAACCAAAGUGAAAAGGAUAUGUUCCAGGCAGUAUCUUUCUAUUGUAACCUGUUAUUUAAGGGAAUACUAGUGAUUUGUUCUAAAUAGGAUGUAAAACUUGUUCCAAAUUACUUUUCCUCAGUCCUGCCUGCCAAGAACUUAAAUGUAACUGUGAUUCAGCAACCCUUCCCAGGUAUAUUGGCAGGUAUAUGUAUGAUCUCAGAAUACACAGGUGACAUAGAUAUGAUAUGACAGCUGGUAAUGGUGGAUUCAUUUACAUUGUUUACACUUCUAUGACCAGGCCUUAAGGGAAGGUCAGUUUUUAAAAAACCAAGUAGUGUCUUCCUACCUAUCCAAAUACAUGUCAAAAAAGAAGGGUGUUUGUGCUUCAGCUUUGUUUUUGCUCAGUAAUACAGUCAAGCAAGUUUGUUUCCAAGUGACCAGUUGAACUGUGUAAGCAUUUUUGUUUAUUUCAAAUAAAAUAUAUUUGUAUUAUGUGUCAUUCAUACUAUCCAUUCAUACCACACUAUCCUCUGUAUCAGGUAGUCCAAUAGAAAUAUACCUGUUUUGUUCUUAAA